AUGGCUGAUAAUAAUUGCAGUUCAUCUUCAGCAUUAACUCCUAUAAUCAUCACAUCAUCGGAACAAGACAAACCAGAUACCAGUAAUACAGAUUCAUUAGUGAAAUCUUGCGACACUAAGAAAAUUGAAGAAAAGAUUUCGCCAAAUGAUGAAAAAGAAUCAGUUGGUAAUCAAGAGUCAAAACACACUUCAUUGUUUAGUGAAACCUUAGCUUCUAAUUCUAGUGAUAAAAAAAAUGGAGUUAAAAUUAAUGUAGAAAAAAAUGUUAUGGAAAAUUCUACAUCAUUUCUUCGCCCGUCAAAAUUGACUAAUAGUUUUUCUUCAUCCGCAAAUAAUACAAAUAGUAAUAAUUCAACCUUGCCAUUCAGUCUUAAUUGCCCGAAACUUAAUUUAAGUGAAUCUAAAUUUGGUGACAACACAUUUACAAAUUCAGUCGUAUCUAACACAGUAGAAUCUCCUACCGUUAAUGCAUCAAAUAAUAAGAAUAAUGAUACAAAGGAAACUCCCUCUAAACCUAGUUUAGGAUUAUUUUCAAGUAUAUUAAAUUCAAACAAAAAUAAUGCAAACACACAGUCAUCAGUUAUCACUGUACCAAAUUUUGUUUUCGGCCAAAAUUUGCACGAAAGAGUGUCAGAUGCGGUAAAAGCAACCAAUGUGAAGAAAGACUUGAGUGAAGAAACGAAAAGCAAUGGAACUUCAGAAAUGCUUUUCUCUUCUGUUUUAAGUAGUAAAGAUGUGAAGGAAAAUUUAACUCAGGAUAGUUUCAACAAUUCUAAAGAAACUUGUACUUUAAUUGAAAAUGCAGCUAAAUGCCAAGAGGCGAGAGCAAGUAAACGAAAGUACGAAGAAGUUCUCGUAACUACAGGCGAAGAAGAAGAAGAAAAUGUUUUGCAAAUCAAUGUCAAACUCUUUGCAUUCGACAAUGGAGCUUGGGUUGAAAGAGGUCGUGGGAUACUAAGAUUGAAUGAUAAAAAAAGUGAAGGUCAAACUUCUUCUAGAAUUGUUAUUAGAACUGUAGGAAACUUAAGAGUAGUAAUGAACACCAAAAUAUGGAGUAAAAUGUCAUUAAGUAGAGCUAGUGAAAGAAGUGCAAGGCUGACUGCUAUGGAUCCCAAUGGACAACUUAAAAUAUUUCUUUUACAGGCAAGUAUUAAGGACAUGACUUCAUUAUACAGUUUAUUGGAAGAGCGCAUUAAAUUAUGCGAAGAGCAAAAUUUGGAAAAUGAAUCAUCGAGCCCUGAUAAGAAAAUAGCUUUAGAGAAAAAUGAAAUUAUAAAUAAAUUCCCAUUGAAAGAUUUUGUUGUUGUGAAAAUUGUUGUCUUAGCUUUUAGAAUUAUUUUAGAAAUUAACAAAAAUUCAUGUAAACUUUUCGAGCAUUGGAAAUACAGCGAUGCUUGA